UACCUCAAAGAGCUCCUGAGAGGAGAAGGCCGAGGGGAGCAGGUCGAGCAGACGGUCUGCUCGAGUUGCCAAGCGUCUGAGCCCGAGUUUCGGUGCAAGGAUUGCUUUGGCGGGCUUCUUUAUUGCCAGGGGUGUAUUGUCAAGAAACACGUCGAAAACCCUCUCCAUCGCAUCGAACGGUGGAACGGAUCGUUUUUCGAGCGCGACACUCUGAAGCGCGCUGGGCUGGUCGUACAGCUCAACCACCCGAUAGGAGAGCUUUGCCUGGCCCCAAAACAAGCAUGGAACAACGAUUUCACCGUCAUUGACGUCUCUGGAGUUCACGAAGUAUCGGUGAUGUACUGCGAGUGUCCGAAGCGGAUCAGACGCCAUCAGCAACUCCUCCGUUCGUCUUGGUAUCCUGCAACAACCGAUGAGCCCAAGACGGCCGCAACUUUCCGAGUUUUAGAGCAAUAUCAUCUAUUAUCCUUCGAGUCGAAAGCAUCCGCGUAUGAGUUCUACAGCUCCUUGUGUCGGAGAACAGACAACACAGGAUUGCCGGUCCCUAAGGACCGAUAUGAUCAGUUUCUGCGGAUGAUGCGCGAGUGGCGCCACUUGAAGAUGUUGAAGCGCUCAGGAGUCGGACACGAAGAGACGAUGCCGGAGGAUCUUCCGGAUGGAACCUGCGCUGUGAUAUGUCCUGCCUGCCCUCAGCCUGAACGUAACCUUCCCAGCGGAUGGGAAAACGCAAAGGGGAAUAGAUGGCUUUAUUCCCUCUUUGUCGCUAUAGAUGCCAACUUUCGUCUCAAGCGUAAGAAGGUGUCGUCCGAGUCUGCGGACCCGUCUCUGGGGUGUGGGCUGAGCUACUUUGUUCGCGAUGAACCAUUCCGUGAACAUGUCUCGUCUCACGCGAGAGAUAGCCAGGACAAAAGCUCGUGCGCGAGCCACAAGGCCGUUAACAAGCUCAACACUAAGUUCUCCGAAGGGCUUGCAACAACCGGCGUCGGCACAAUCGACUGCGCCCGCCAUAACAUCAAGUUACCGUGUGGUGUAGGGAAUCUGAAUGGUGCAGAGCGAUACUCGAUCAUGGACUAUAUUAUAUUCUCGGGACUACGUUUCACGCGCGUCAAGGAUAUCAACUUCUCGUACGACAUCGCUUGCCAGUGGUCCAAGAAUCUAUGGUCGCGAGUCUCGAAGCUGCCUUCCUACCUCUCUUUCGAACGGGCUUCCCGAUUCAUCCGCUUCUUUGUCCCAAAAUUCCACCUUCCUGCCCACAUCGCUCGGUGCCAAAUGCGAUUCUCCUUCAAUUGGAUGCCCGGUGUCGGACGAACUGACGGCGAGGCUGUGGAGCGCGGAUGGGCCAACAUCAACCCGGUCGCCACCAGCACCAAGGAAAUGGGCCCAGGUCAUCGUAUCGAUACGCUCGACGACUACUUUGGUGAUUGGAACUGGAAGAAGGUUAUUGGCCUCGGUGAGCUCCUUAAGCGCCGACUAGAGGAGGCGAUACCCGCGAGCAAGACUCACACGGCGGACUUGAAAGAGUUCGAGGCAAGCCUACCCCCGGGAACACUGCAAACCUGGAGGAAAGAGAUGGUGAAUUGGGAGAGUGAUCCGGACGGGAACCAGAACCCUUUCGAGUCGAGGUCAAACGACCCCACGCUGGCCUCUAUACGUCUUGAACUGGCUAAAGAAGAGGCGUUGAUCCCAUCUCCUGCUAGUGCCGCGAGCGACAUGACUGCAAGCGCACUCAUUUCAUCUGGUCUCGACCUCAUGGAGCAGCGACGCCGCCUACGAUCGGAUCGCGAAGGCCUGGGUCAGCAUGCAACGGAUAUUCAGAAGACGGUGGUAGAGCAGCGCUCGACGAUCCUCCGCAACAAACUCGACUCAUGGAUACGCGCUCAGCUACAUUAUAUGCCAGGCGUCGCCCGCCUCCGCCCACUUGACGCUCCAUCAGCCGCUCAAGAGGACCUUCCUGAGGACGCCAAUCUGUUUCUGCCGUCUGACCUGCCCGUGGACUUCGAGUGCGACGACGCCCUGAAGAAAAUGGAGUUCAAACUCCGGGUUGGUCAAGCUUACGAUGCGCUUGCAGCGCUGCGCCAGUCGCUUCAGCUCCGUUCUUACCUACUCAACUACAAGGCUCAGAAUAUCUCAGGGCAAACACUUACGACGAAAGCUCAAGGCUUGGUCAACAAAGCUGGGAAAAAAAUUACGUGGCAUCGCGACUCGUACACGCUCGCGCGCACGGCACUUUUGGUACUCGCCGAGCGUCUGCCAGAUCUGUCGAUUCCGAAGGACCUGAAGAUUUUGACGGACAACGACGUUCACGCCAUGACAGAUGUGAUGGAAGCUCAGACUGAGGGCCGGCGGCGUCUGACUUGGAUCUGGCGUUCUGGGGACGUAUCUCAGGGUGACGAUGGGUUACAGGACGGUAUACGGACGGAGUGGUGUAAGGCCAGGGCGCGCGCAUUACGAUGGACUGAAGAGGUACAUCUACUGAAGGAAGAGAUGCGACGCACCUUGCAGUAUAUGCUCUGGCAUGCGCGCUGGUGGGAGGUACGC